AUGCGUCAAAACCCGGUACCGCAGCAAAGCGUAAACGCCCAAGUAAGUUUAUACCUAGAUUCCUGGUGGAUGGACCAUCUGACCGGCGCAGAAACCGAACCUACGCCGGAAGCGCUCGAGCGGCGGGAGAAGGCUAAGGCCUCUCGAGAUGCUGCAAAGGCAAAAGCGGCCAUUCGGAUCAUCGUUGGGGUUGAUUUCGGCACGACGUACUCAGGUGUUGCGUUUGUGACGAGCACGAAGAGUUUCAAAGACGUCGAAGUGAUCCAGAAAUGGCCUGGCGGUCUUACCGCUAUUGCGCAGAAGGUCCCAAGCCUGAUCGCAUAUGCCGAAGAGAAUCACGAUGCCGGCAACGAGGAUCGGUGGGGCUACGACGUCGAUAGCGGACUCCUCAGCUGUUCUUGGUUCAAAUUGCUGCUCGAUGAGAACACUCAGAAGACAGAAUUUGACGAUCCGUUACUCCAAAAAGCUGUGGGUAAGUCGCUGAUGCGGAUCAAGCCCGGGAAGGAUGCCAAAGACGUGACGACCGACUUUCUACGCCUUCUUCAUGACUAUAUCAUGUCGCAAAUGCAGAAAGCAAUCGGUAAAACUGCAUUGGAGCAGACGGCGUUUCGCUUCCAGUUCACUUUACCAGCGGUAUGGUCUCUUCACGCCCGUGAAUCGACGUUGGCAGCGGCCAGAGAUGCCGGGUUUGCCGGCCGAGAGGGCGACGAGCUGUUUUUCACAGAGGAACCCGAGGCGGCCUUCUUGUGGACUAUCAAAUCGACCGAGGACAAGUUUGCGACCAGUCCCUUCCAGGAGAACUCAUGUGUGAUGGUGGUGGAUAUGGGUGGAGGUACAGUGGACUUAGUCACAUACCGCAUCAUCAAAUCACAGCCGCUCCAGCUGGAAGAAGCAUGCGUCGGCCAAGGCAAGAAUAUAGGUGGUACAGCAAUUGACCGCGCUUUCCAUGAACUAACGCUCAAGCGCUUCGACGCUGCGUUCAUGAAUCUCCCUAGCGAGAAAACGGGAGCCGGAAGUACUUUCCUGAAGGGUUUUGAGGACAUUAAGCGCAACUUCAAGGGAAAGGAUAAGAGCAGAAAAUUCUUACGCAUCCCUCUCAAGAUGAACAAGUUGGACAUGGAUAGUGAUGCUGUUCGUCAAUACUAUGACUCGGACGAAGACAUGGUCAAGCUUACUAGCGACGACGUCGAAGCCAUGUUCGAACCAGUUCUGCAGAAGAGCUUCGAUCUGGUCCGAAGACAAGCCGGUAGAGCGAAAAAGGCUCGCAGCCCGCCGAUCCGGACGGUUGUCGUAUGUGGUGGACUCAGCUGUUCUCCUUACGUAUGCGAUCGGUUCACAGCCUUUGUUGCCAACGAAUUUGACGAGGGGAAAGUCGAACUCGUCAGUCCGCUUGAGCCUUGGUCGGCCAUCGCAAGAGGCGCUGUGCUUUCAGCACUUGAGAAGAAUCCGGUCAUGUUCAGGCGGGCGCGAGAUUGGAUUGGUUGCUGCGUACACACCAAGUUCAAGCCCAGAUUCCACAAAGUAGAAGACCAAUUCGAAUGUCCUAUUCGAGGACUAAGAGCGGCGAAUCAGAUGAAGUGGGCAUACAAGAGGGGAGACAAGCUGUCGGAAAACAUGAAGAAGAGGCUCGAGCUUUAUGCGACCGUGACGAGCAUCCAGCAGGAAAUUGAAGAAGUUUGCCUUCAGCAAGUCUUAUACAAAUGCCCGUUGAAGAAUGCUCCUACUCGUCUGGAUGGUAACCAUGUCUUUGCCAUUGGGAACCUGAAAGUCGAUCUAACUGCGCAUGCUCGGGCGGAGCGUGCCAGGCACAUUGAAGAAACGGGCAAGCCCCCGAAAGUGCUGGCAUUCAAGGUCAUCAUUGAGAUGGUCGUGUCGAGCAUCAAGGGUAUCUUAGAGGCGUCCGCCAAAAUAGGAAACAAGAAGGUCGGAAAGACAACGGUCGAAUAUGUCUCAGACCCAACCUGGCGUUCAAAAACCGUCAUAGACGAUGAAGACGCUGAAAGUGACGAGGAUGAGCCUGGGGAGUCCGACUCUGCUGAUUUCGAAGUCGUUGCUGCCGAGGAUGAAGGAGAAGAGCAAGACGGAUGA